AUGGACAACAAGACUUUCGUGUCCGACUCCCUCAUCCGCCUAACCGGCGCCUCAGAUCCAAUUGCCGUCGACUUUGUCCUUGCUGAAGCCUCAUCUGCCAAAUCUGCAUCCUCCCUCCAAGACAAACUGGUCUCUUUCCUCGAUGGCAGCCCCGACGAGAUUGGCGCAUUUUGCGGACAGCUUUUCUCCCGCGUAGGGAAGAGCAGUCAACCCAGUGCAUCGUCUUCGAAAUCUACGGCGAACAAGGAAUCCUCAAAGAAAAAAUACCGUCUUGUGGAUAUGGGUGAGGAUCUUCCCGAACCUGCGUCAUCACUAGGUCCCGUCAACGUCGAGGCAGAGCGUGACACACGGCGGCGACGUGAUAGAGAGAGGGAGAGUGAUCGAGAUCGAGAACGAAGUCGUCGCGACAAGGAUGAUAGCCGGAAACGAGAUCGCAGCCGGGACGCAGAGAGUCGAGACCGACCGCGCACGAAGAAGUUGCGACAGAGGGAUGCAGACGAUUUCGAUGACCGGUGGGGUGAUGAAGAAAUCGCCGAAGAUGAACGGUACGCCGACGAAGACGAAUUCGCCGAAUCACCGCCAAAGCGCACACGACUUGAAGAUGGCUCGGCAUCGCCGCGCGCCUCGUCGCCAGUCGAAGAUAUCGACCCCCAGACGAAACAGGAGAUUGAGCGACAAAAGGAUCUACGCGAGAGAGACGAGUUUGCGAAGCGUUUGGCCAAUAAGGAUAGCUCGAAAUCCAAGAAGAUUGUGGAAGACCGGACGCGGGAUGGUGAAGCUGCACGGAGACGUGCGCUGGCCGAUGAUGCUGCCGCACGGGCGUCUGUGAUGCCUGAUCUGCGUGAGCGCUCGCGUCAGGAAUAUUUGAAGAAGCGCGAGGCGGAGAGACUUGCUCUGCUGCGGCGCCAGGUUGCAGAGGAGGCUACGGAGCUGCGCGAGAACCCGAACCUCACGCGUCGGGAGAAGGAAGAAUUUGCGCGGAAUCGGGAAGUUCUACGGAUUGCGGAGGAGCGACUUCGGAUUGAUGAUCAUCUCGAUGGUUACAUGAUGCCUGAGGAUUAUAUUACGGAAAAGGGCAAGAUUGACCGCAAGAAGAAGGAGGAUGCAUUGUAUAAGCGAUACGUGGACCGUGACGAGACAGGUCAGGAGAAGUUCGUUACCGAACACGAGGAAUGGGAGCUGGAGCAGGCUGCCAAAGCCAAAGCGCAGAUCAAGAAGGCUGAGUUUGUGGAUGAGGGCGACUACGAGUAUGUCUUCGAUGAUACGCAGCAGAUCAACUUUGUGAUGGAGUCCAAGAUCGAGGGCACGCAAAAGCCGAUGACGCAGGAGCAAUUGCGGUUUAAGCAGCAAGUCGAUGCUGCGGAGAAAAAGGCCGCGACUAUGGAGGAGACGCGGAAGAGUCUGCCCAUUUAUCAAUUCCGCGACCAGAUCAUUCAGGCUGUGCAUGACCACCAGGUUCUUAUCAUUGUUGGUGAGACGGGUUCUGGUAAAACCACCCAGAUCCCGCAGUAUCUUCAUGAGGCUGGUUUCACGAAGGACGGGUUGAAAAUUGGCUGCACACAGCCGCGUCGAGUGGCUGCUAUGAGUGUUGCUGCGCGUGUGGCCGAUGAAAUGGGUACCAAGAUCGGCAAUGAAGUUGGUUAUGCUAUUCGUUUCGAGGAUAACACCAGCGACAAGACUAUCCUGAAGUAUAUGACUGAUGGCAUGCUUCUGCGAGAGUUACUUACGGAGCCAGACCUGGGUCAAUACGCGGCGUUGAUGAUUGAUGAGGCCCACGAGCGAACGGUGCCAACUGAUAUUGCUUGUGGUCUUCUGAAAGAUAUCGCCAAGGCGCGACCCGAUCUGAAGCUCCUCAUUUCCUCAGCCACUAUGGAUGCGCAGAAAUUCCAAAAGUACUUCGAUGAUGCGCCCAUUUUCAAUAUUCCCGGUCGUCGGUACCCAGUCGAUGUGCACUAUACUUCUCAGCCUGAAGCCAAUUAUCUCGCGGCUGCCAUCACCACGGUCUUCCAGAUUCAUGUCACUCAGGGUCCUGGUGAUAUUCUGGUCUUCUUGACAGGUCAAGAAGAAAUUGAAGCCGCGGAGCAAAGUUUACAGGAGACGGCACGGAAACUUGGUAGCAAAAUACCGGAGAUGAUCAUUUGUCCUAUUUACGCCAAUCUGCCAUCUGAACUACAGACAAAGAUAUUCGAACCGACACCACCCAAGGCGCGCAAAGUUGUCCUGGCUACAAAUAUUGCCGAAACCAGUUUGACGAUUGACGGUAUCGUCUAUGUGAUCGAUCCUGGGUUUGUGAAGGAGAAUGUGUUCAACCCCCGGACAGGCAUGGAAAGUCUCGUCGUGACUCCCUGCUCGCGGGCCUCUGCCAAUCAGCGAGCUGGUCGUGCCGGACGUGUUGGACCUGGAAAAUGUUUCCGAUUGUAUACCAAGUGGGCAUACUACAAUGAAUUGGAAGAGAACACCACGCCCGAGAUCCAGCGUACGAAUCUCAACAGUGUGAUUCUUAUGCUAAAGUCGCUUGGCAUUGAUCAGCUACUCGAUUUCGAUUUCAUGGAUCCACCACCAGCUGAGACUAUUAUUCGCGCGCUGGAACAACUCUACGCACUCGGCGCAUUGAAUGAUCGAGGCGACCUCACAAAGGUCGGCCGACAGAUGGCCGAAUUCCCAACCGACCCAAUGCUCGCCAAGGCCAUCCUCGCAGCAGGCCAGUACGGCUGCGUGGAAGAGGUCCUCUCAAUCGUCUCAAUGCUCGGCGAAGCCAGCGCGCUCUUCUUCCGUCCCAAAGACAAAAAGAUCCACGCUGACAGCGCCCGCAACCGCUUCACCAUCAAAGAAGGCGGUGACCACCUCACCCUCCUCAACAUCUGGAACCAAUGGGCCGACUCUGACUUCAGCGUCGUCUGGUCCAAAGAAAACUUCCUCCAACAACGCAGUCUCACCCGCGCGCGCGACGUCCGCGAUCAACUCGCCAAACUGUGCGACCGCGUCGAAGUCACCGUCAGCACCUGCGGCUCCAACAACAUCGUCCCCAUCCAAAAGGCCAUUACGUCCGGCUUCUUCCCGAACGCAGCACGCCUGCAACGCGGUGGCGAUAGUUACCGCACGAUUAAGAACGGCCAGUCUGUGUAUUUGCACCCGUCGAGCACGUUGUUUGAGGUUAACCCGCGGUGGGUGAUUUACUUUGAGCUUGUGUUGACGAGUAAGGAGUAUAUGCGGAGUAAUAUGCCUUUGCAGGCGGAGUGGUUGGUGGAGGUUGCGCCGCAUUAUUAUAAAAAGAAAGAUUUGGAGUCUUUGGGGUUGGAUAGGAAGGUUCCUAAGGGGGCUGGGGUGGCUGGGGAGAAGAGUCGGACUUGA